AUGGCUGUCCCCCGCCUGCUCCUACUGACCCUGCUGGUCUUUCUGUGUGGCCUCGCUGCCUAUAGCCACCUGGCACCUGAGGAUGACAAGAGCCUGCGCAGCAACUCCUCCCUAAACCUCCUGGAUUUCCCGGCUGUCUCUAUUGUAGCUCUGAACAAGAAAUCCAAAAAGAUCAGCAGAAAAGAAGCAGAGAAGAAAUCUUCCAAGAAAAGGGCUUCGAUGAGGAAAGCGGCGCGGCCUCGGUUGCCCAGCCCCUGCGUGGCCACCCGCGACAGCUGCAGGCCUCCCGCCCCCGCCUGCUGCGACCCGUGCGCCUCCUGCCAGUGCCGCUUCUUCCGGAGCGCCUGCUCCUGCCGGGUGAUGAGCCCCAACUGCUGA